AUGUUUAAAUCAGGUGUAGCUUCAAUAGUAAGCAAGAAUGCUCUCGGGGUUCGUUCAUUCUCCUCCAGUUGUGUUGUAUUAGCAAAACCAAGUACUAGAGAAAAGAUUAAAAUUAGAGAAAAACUUAGAAUGAAAGAAUUGGCUAAAGAUCCAAGCAAUCAUCCAUUGUAUAUGGACAUACCAACUGCCAUGAGAUAUAUACGUGCUGCCGAAGUAGGUAAUAAAGCUAAAGUUAUUGUUUACUUGGAAGUUGCCCAAGAAGCUGGUGCUGUGCCCCUUUCUGGAAAUAUCAAUUUCCCUCAUCCAGUAACCACAUUUAAUCCAAUUGUAUUCACCAGUGAUUCUGAUAAAGUUGAAGAAUUUAAGAAACAUAAUAUUGUCCAUGUUGGUGGGAGAGAAUUGCUUGAAAAGGUUGCCAAGAAGGAAAUAGAUAUUGAUCAAUUUACUCAUGGAUUUGCAACUCCAGAAAUUGAUGUGAAAUCGGUAGCUAGAAUCUUGGGUCCAAAAGGGAUAAUGCCAAACGCAAAGAAAGGUACUGUUACUGAUAAAAUUGAAGAUAUGCUUAAGUUAGGUUCUAUGGCUCCAUUUAGACAAAAGCAUCAAAAUCUUUCUUUCUCAAUUGGAACAACCAAUUUCAGUGAUAAACAAAUUUUAGAAAAUUUGAAAGCUGCUUCUGAUGUAGUUUAUUCAAAGUUUAGCAGUAAGGACUUAAAGAAAACUGUAGUGGGUAAAUGUGCUCUUUCAUCAUUCCAAGGUCCUGGUAUAGUUAUUCCAUUCAAACAAAUUUAG